AUGAUCCUCGACGAGAAGCCGCCUCCACCAUAUUCGACUAAUAGGGCAAUUCUUACUCCGCCAGCAACUGGUUGGAGAACUUUCUCAGCACUCCCUCCCCAUCUCCUACUCCAAAUCGUCUAUUCCACCUUCUCGGACGCCGUAGACAUUGCCGAGCAGCGGAAGACUCUCUACUGGCUAUCGCGUGGUCUGCGUCUUGUCAAUCGCCUGCUCUACACAACCUCGAUGAAUGUUCUCCGUUCGCUCUACCUCCCGCUAUACGACUCCCACAUCCGAAGGCCAUACUCGAGCGACCCAUUCCCCCUUACCAGCGUACCACACUCACACGCUAACUCCCCCCUGACCUCGCUGCAGCGCGAAACAAGCACAUUGGACCUGUUUAUCGCACUCAAGGUCCGCGAAGACGUCUGGAGCGACGAUUCGGAGCUGCAUCUCGAAAGAGACGACUCGUUUGCCGACCUGUUCAACCUCUCCCAGCCGCGGAGCCGGUUGGAGGACCUGUUUAGGGAUGCUGCGAUGGAGGAGGGUUUGGUAUAUAUUGCCCGCCAACACCGAGCACGAACACCGACAUCCUCUUCGGCCGAUUUGCGGCCAGAAACUCCGCCCCCCUACCACGACGAUUUUGCGGUCAGCGGCCUCGCAUGCCUCGUUAACCCACCGUUUGUCCAUGAUGUCGAUGACAUCCUCGUGCUCUGGCUCUUCCUUUUGGGGCUUCAAGAAGUCCAAACCUCCCAGGCCCGCUCCCCCUCCCCCGCCAAUGAAAGUCACCAUCACGCCACUGCCGUUCUCCGCGCUAUCAAUAGCGUUCACCUCUCGCACAGUCGGCCUGCUGCUUUCCGUGCCGGGCCGUACCACAAGUAG